AUGGCUACAUCUCUUUUACCAAACGAUGACAAUAACCAUUUUGAAACACCAAAUCUCAUCUGGCUCGAUGCUGCAGCUAACUCCCCAGAAAGUGAAAAAAUAUUGCACAAACUGCGUACUAUUUCCAGUAAUUUCAAGAAAUUUGACGAUAAACAAGAAUUUCAAGAAUAUAUUGAACAACAAUCUCCAAGGAGCGAACUAGUAGUAGUUUUUAGUGGUCGAUUCGGACGAGAAAUAGUCCCUUCUGUUCAUCAACUGCGACAAAUCAUAUCAAUCUAUGUGUUUUGCAUGGAUAAAGAAGGAAACGAAAAAUGGGCUUCUAAAUUCCCCAAAGUGAAAGCUGUUGUUGUUAAACUUGACAAACUCAUUUCUCGAAUUAAAGCCGAUCAUAAAAUCCAGCAUGUUGUGGACAAACCGUCAUCAGUUGAAAGCUUUGCAUCAGAUACCUAUGACAAUAAAAUGAUUUCCGGUCCAAAUGCUAAAUUUAUAGGGUCUCAAGUUAUGAUUGAUUGCCUUUUACGAGUCAAAUUUACUCCAAAAGAUAAAACAGAAUUAAUCGAUUAUUGCAACAUUAUGUACGCAGGUAAUCAUGCAGAGUUGCAGAAUAUUCGUGAUUUUGAACAGAAUUAUUUACCUGACAAAGCUUUAUGGUGGUACACAAAAGACUCAUUUUUUUACAAGAUUCUUAAUAAAGCGUUGCGUGGCGAAGAUAUUCAUAUGAUGUUUUUAUUACGUGCAUUUAUCUCUGAUAUCGGUCUUCAAUUGAAAAAAUAUCAAGCUAAACAACAUUUAAGAGCUUAUCGAAGUCAAAUGAUUUCCAACGAUGAACUGGAAACUUUUAAAAAAUCCUGUGGUCUAUUCAUGUCGCCAAAUUCGUUUUUCUCCAGUACUCUUAGCCGCCAUAUAGCUCUUUCGUUUCUCAGACCUACUAACAAUACAACUGAUUUACAGUCAGUGUUAUUUGAAAUUGACGCCGAUCCUAAGAUAGUUACAACAAAGCCGUUUGCUGAUAUCUCUAAACAUAGCAACUUUUCCGAUGAAUCCGAGGUGCUCUUUAUGACUGGCUCUAUUUUUCGUUUGAACAGUAUAUCCCGCAGUAGUGAUGAUCAAGUAUGGAUCAUCCAAAUGACUUUAUGUAAUGAAAAUGAUGAUGAAUGCGAUAUAAAAUAUGCACUCAUGUACAAGAAACAGGAAAUUGGAACUGGUGAAACGACUCUUCGAACAUUCGGUAACUUAUUGUGGAAAUUGGGAAAGCACGAAUUGGCUCAAAAAUACUUGGUUCGCUUUUUAGAAGAACUACCAUCUAAUGAUCCUUCAUUGAUCAGUUUAUAUGAGGAUCUUGGUGAGCUCGCAUCAGAAACUGGUGACUACAACAAAAGUGUUCAGUGGCACCAAAAAGCUUUGGAACUGAAAAACAAAAAUCAAUCAACUUCUAUUACUAAAACUGAUGCAGAAAACAAUUCUAUAGGUAAGCUCAUUGGAAGGAAGUUCGUUAUAGGGUAUUUCCAUGGGGUCCCUACCACAAAAUCCACAAGUGUUUCC